ACUUGAAGGUAGAAAAUCGGGCCGUGUUCAGGAAAAAGUUUUGGGAAGCACAUUUCCCGCCCCGAAAACUGUUAACGAAACGUGACGGGGCGAGACAGAGAAAGUUCGAAACGACUUUCCCAAAAACUUACUCAAGAAGCUCCGCCAGCAUGUUCGCCGCUCCGCGGAACCGACCUUCUUUCGAGGGCCGGGACCAUGAUGACGAUGACGGUGACAAUGCUGGGAGCUGGGAGCACAUCGUAGCCGAUAUCGGUGCCAGAUCUCGACGAGGUGUUCAUUUUGGCCGGGUUGCCAGCGGCAAUCGCCAAACAAGCUCUGCUCCCGUCGCGUCCCCUCCCGAGGACGGCACCACCUCCAGCGCCCAGCGAUCGUUGGACCUGCUGAAACACUUUGUCGCCCAGGAACGGCGCAUGUCGGGCCGCGACGACGUAAAGGUGGUGUUCAUCGAAAUUAGCGAACGGUGCUGCGCUACCAAGGUGAACGAUAAACAAAUUAUCUUCUGUAACAACUUCCAACGGGACGGGUCUCCGACUGGUCGACCAGUUCCUCAUCGUUUGCCAACCAGUGCGGAAGGUUGUUUUCGGAUAGUGGCAGCGGUCGCGGUCGAUAGUAGUCACUUGCUGGAUUAUCUUGUUGAGGCUCAGGAUCAACAAUUUGGAAGCAACGACGGUGGUGACAGGGGUGCUUCUCCAACGGGAGACAUAAUCGGUCGGUUUGGGGCUAGUAGUGGUCCAGCAGUCGCCGCACGGUGGGCUGAUUGCGGUGACGAUUCCGGUGGUGUGCAAUUGAUAUUGGGUGCCACCCCAAGGGUGCCAAGCAAAAGUGGUGGGCUAAGAGAACAAACCCGGUGGCUGCUGAGUGGGGACUUCGGGAAGAAUACGCGGGGUGGUGACUACUUUGAGCAGUUCUGUGUAAAGUGUCGUAUCUAUCUGCUAGAGAACUUUCAAAAGUUUCGAAGCAACUUCUUCAUUAUGUCACGUUUGAGUGGCAAAGACUAUCCGUCUAGCAUACCUUCUCGCCAUCUUGGUGAAAGUGGUAGUGUUGCAGGUGGUGGUGGAGGAGGAAGCGCUGUUGGAAACAAGAAACCGUUCUCUCGUCCUUUCAACAAAACUCGUUUGGAUCAAUCCUCCGGAGGUUCGGGUACCGGUGGUGCCGCUCACAGGAUGUCCAGUCCAUCCCACUCAGACACCAGCACCUUGGUGCGACAGAACAAUGAGCUUCGUCAUCGUUUGCAGGAGGAAGCGAACAACUAUCGACGGCGAUUGGAUACCUAUAAGCAGGCUCAAAACAACCAAGCUGCACUGGUAAGCAGACUGCAGGCAAAGGUUCUGCAGUACAAGCAACGCUGUACCGAACUUGAGCAGACUACGCCCCCGAGUGUCACUUGUCCGAACUACAGCACUCGGGAUGCAUCCCCUGGACGGCACCAUGUAUCGACCACUAUUUGUCCUGCCACCGCAACGGGACCGUGCCCCGGAGCAGGCUCUACUUCUAUGAGUCUACCCCCAUGUCCCGUGGCAAGGGAGCGUUCGCGCUCCAGAUCCCGCUCUCAAUCGCCCUGUCGCAAGUACGCCGAGGGUAGCCACGAUGAAAUCCGACAUCAGCUCGAUGAGGAACGCAGACGCUGUGAAAAAAUACUGGUCGAGAACUCCUGCCUGCGUCAGCAGCUGGAGGAGUCCCAUCGGACCAACGAAGCGCUAACGAAUGAUCUCCAGAAGCUUACCGCCGAUUGGGAAAGCUUGCGGGAUGAACUACAAAACAAAGAGGACGAAUGGAAGGAGGAAGAACAGGCUUUCAACGAUUACUACAACAACGAGCACACGCGGCUGCUGAAAAUGUGGCGCGAUGUGGUCAACGUCAAACGCAUGUUCAAAGAGAUGGCCUCAACCACUAAAAUGGAGCUGGGCCGCAUGCAUCUGGAGCUCACUGGGACCGGUCGCGAGGUGGUCGGCGCGUGCAGUGGGGUCUCUGUCAACAUGAAGCAGUCUUCCAAAUUUGAGGAAGCUCAACAGAUGCAUAUCGAGCGGGAAAACAUGGACCUCAAGUCCCAGUUGGGUGAGCUGCGAACGCAGCACGAAAAUGCCAAGCUAGAGAUCGCCCAACGCGAUCAGCGCAUGCAGCAGAUGCUCCAGGAUCUUAAACUCAUGGAAGAACGUUACGUCCAGGCCGAUAGCCAAGCUGGACAAACGCAGCGCCUUAACGAUGAGCUGGAGCGUCUGCAGGGUGCACUGCGUGAUAUCGCUCACGCCGUGGUCCAUGAUGCCGAGACAACUGCAACGGCCGAAGCGGAGACUUCCGCCCAUCAUUUACAUCUCUCCCAGUCAACCGCGCUACCAGCUCCACCCAGAUCGCCAAAGCGCGGUGCGAUACGCACAUCACAAGCAUUCGCCGAGGGCACCAUUUCGGCGGUUCAAGCCGCAUUGCAUAAGUACCAGCUGGCGAUUCACGACCUGCAGGUGAAACUGCAAACCAACACCGACGCGUUGGCAGCAACCAAGAAACAGUUCGAGAACUGCGAACACACGCGGGAUGUGCUGACGGGCAAGGUGGCGGAACUCACCGAGAAGCUAGACUCCGCUAACCAUCAGCUGUCAGAGCUCUACAAGGAGCGUGAGAGUCUGCAGAAGACGCUGGACGGUUUGCGCACGGAUAAGCAUUCCGUCGAAAGGGGGAAGGCCGAAUUGAACACUAUCGUUGAUAGUUUGAAUACCGAUUAUGAGAAGCUACAAAAUGUGAACAGCAAACUGCAGAAGAUGUACGAUUCACUGGAGGAGGAGAAGAAAAUGCUCGAAGGAGAACUUCAGCGAGUUAAGAAGGAUAAAGAUAUUCAGGAAAUGGGUUUGAGAGCCGAAGAGGAACGUUCGAGCCGGAUGCGGGAGGAAACCAUAACCUUGCGGGAGGAGUUGAACAAGCUUUACCUUUCGCGGGAACUGCUCGAACAGCAGCGCAUCGAAUCGGACGGUUUGUUGGACAUGAUCGAAAAGCAGAAGAUCGAGCUGGAAUACGACCUGAAUCGGGUCGUAUGCGAGAGAGAUGGCUUGCAGAUGACGUUGGAGAAAAAGAGUUCCUCGAACGACCAUCUGGAGGUUGAGAUCAAACAACUGAAGAGUGCCGUUGCCGAACUGGAGGAGGAAAGGAACAAAUUGAAAACGCUGGUUUCCGACCAAGGAGUGGAUCUGGCGGCACUCAAGAAGGAAUUGAUUACAGCCGAGCAGGCAAGACUGGACCUGGAUUCGGAAAAAUUGGCCAUCAGUGAACGGCUGAAAUGUCUUGAAAUGGAAAAGGAUAAAAUCGAACAAAACUUGAGCUGUGUUGCCCGCGAGAGAAGUGAUUUGAGCAAUCAAAUGACGACUAUCUCGCGCAAGAAGGAAACUAUUGGCGAAGAGGUGAUGCGCCUGAGACAGCGUCUGGAGCAGGCAAAUGAAAUGAAUUCUCGCCUGAAUAGGAAUCUGCAGGAGCUGAUAAAAGAGAGCGAAGAAAAGGCAGUUAUCAUCGAAGGACACGAGAAAGAACUGCAGCGACUUCAAGAACAAUUAGCGUCGCUUCGCAGCGAAAAAGAUUCCCUCGAGGCGGUUCUCUUCGACACCAACACCUCACUCGAGGAGGCCGAAGCCAAAAAGGACGCACUGGAACGUGAGAACCAGGAUCUGCUCAUCAAGCAGGAAUCCCACAAAGCGCUGAUCGCUAGGCUGAACAAAGAUCUCGAGAACACCGAACGGCGGGCGCAGGAUAUCAAAAUCCAGCUAACUAAUGCUGCGGCCAACCAGGAGGCAGAGUUCCUCCAGAAGCUUUCCAAUUUGCGCACAUUCGGGGAGGAAAACAUUAAAAAACUGAACGAGGAAAAGGAAACAAUUCGCAGCUCGCUGGAAAAACGCAUGAGUCAAGCCUUGCAGACGUUGGAGAAUUCCAAGGAUUCCGAGAUUCAACAUUUGAAGGAGCAGUUCGAGGCGCUGCAGAUGCAUCUCGAGGCACUGAAUCAACAGCACGAGGAGGUGAUCUUGAGGGCGGAAAAUGAGAAACAACAAGCCCUACUGAUAGCGCAUCGCGACAAGCAAGCGGUCAUGGAAAAGCUGGAUGCCGUCGCACGGGAGCUGAAGAAUGAGUUGGACAACAGUGAUCGUCUGAAGCGCGAGAUGGUUACCCGGCAGGAAAAAGACCGAACCACGAUUGGUGUUCUGAGAGAUGAAAUGUCGAAAAUGCGCGCAAAGAUGGAAGAGGCGCGAAUCAGAGCCGAAGAGGAGUUGAACCGGUUGGAAGUUGCUUCAGGUGCGUUGAGGGAGGAAAAGGAAGCAGGGGUCAAGGAAAUACAGGAACUGAAGGUUCAGCUAAGAUUGUGCGAGGAUAAGCUGGAAGCAGUCAAUCUGCAGUUGCAGGAUACACAAAGAAAAUUGAAAGAGGGCGAAAACUGUAUCGACGCUACAAGAAAAGAGCUGACGGAUACUCGCCGAAUGCUAGGUGAUAGCAACAUCGAACGAGAUAAGUACGCCAAUAGCAACAAGGAGUUGAGGGAUCAUGUCAAAAGAGUUGAAGGACAGCGUCGUGAGCAGGCUAGAUCCAUGGAUGAUGCACUCCAAAAGAUCGCAGCAAUCGAGGAGUCACGUAACCUGCUGGAGCAAGAGAAGGUUCGUUUGCAAACGAUUCUCAAAGAAACGGAGAACAACAUGACUAAAACGAACCAGGAGCUCGCGACGGCACAGUCUGACAUUCAAAAGUUCCAAUCGAAAACAACCCAAAAUGAUGCCGCCGAGAAGGAACUGCAGGCACGUCUGACCAACGAAACGGAAGAAAAGGAACGUAUCCUGCAGGAGCUGCAUCAGAUUAAGAAGCAAAUGGCUGACCUGGAAGGAUCGCUCUGUGCCACUCGGCAAGAGCUUGGACGCGCAAGAUGCAAAGCGAACCAGGACGAACAUCGAUUCCACCAGCGUGAGCAAGAGUUGUGUGGUAGAAUUGAGGAGGGCAGAGGACGGGAGAAGCGGCUCGAAGAUCAGAAACACAAUCUGGAGGUUUGUCUUGCCGACGCCACCCAACAGAUACAGGAGCUGAAGGCAAGACUGGGCGGCUCCGAGGGUAGAGUUCGGGCGCUAGACGAACAGCUGCUACAUUUGGACGCCCUCAAGAAAGAGACGGAGAACAAGCUCAGCUCGAUCGGGCAUACGCUGAGACGCAUCGCAGGCAUACAAAUGGAUGGUUCAGUCAGUUUACCUUACCGUCUGUUGAGCCCAUCUAGAAGAUAUAGCCCCGCCCGGGGUCGCAGUGAGCGAGAGGACUUCCACCAUCAUCAUCACCACGAUACACGUAGCCUAUCCGGGGAUAAUGCACUGAUCGAUGUCGAUCCGGAGAUAGUCCGGAAGGGGGUCCGUACGUUAAUGCAGCAAGUUGCUCAGAUCGAACGGGAGCGGGACGAUUUUAAGCUGCAACUUUGCACUGCGAAAAAACAGCUCCACGAAGGGGGCGACAAUCAAAUGCGGUUGGAAACCAAAAUUUGUAAAUUACAACAACAUAAUCGAGCUAUACACGAAGACAAAACGAAUCUGGAAGCGAAGCUGGCGCAGAAGACAAGCGCCUUGCAGGCAACCGAAGAAACGUUGAGGCAAAAAAGUGAAGAUCUUAACAUUACACGAGAGAAGGCAAGUCAUCUCGAACAAUCGCUGGGCAGCACCUCGGAGGAGAAGGGCCAGCUAGAGGAACGAUUGGAGAAAUGCAGACAGAGCGUCUGCCGCUUGGAAUCUGAAAAGCGCCAUCUUCAAGAUGAAGUAUCGCGAACGGAGGGGCGAGCCUCGAAACUGGAUUUGCAACGAGUGGCAUUGGAAGGAGAUAUUCAACGCUUGCAGAUGGCACUGCAGGAAAAAGAUUGUACAAUCAGAAACGCGCAGGAGAGAUUGGAAAAUCAACAGCGAACUGCCACUCAGCUAGAGGAUCGAUGCGCAUCGCUUAAAAGUACUGUGGAUCAGCUGAAGGAGCGACUGCAAGCCGCAGCUAUAACAGAGACCGAACUCAGAGGCGAAAUAGCUGGGCUGCAUCGCCACAGCACUGACCAGAGCCACACUUUCGCGCUGGGACAGGAUAAACUGAAACAGUUGCAGAAAUCGCUCACCAGCAGCGAGAACGAGCGCAGAGUACUCUCGGAGCGACUGGAGGCCUCACAGCAUUCGAUAAAUGAACUCAGAAGAAAUCAGCAAGCUACCCAGGAUCAAGUCCAACGGCUGCAGGAGCAAGUAGCCGACUGCGAAGUGCAGAAGUCAGCCCUGGAGUCGCAGUUGAGAUUGGCUAAGUGGAAUCAAGAGAAUGCGGAGCAAUUCGGAGGCGGCUCUGGUGGUGACCAGGAUCUCGCUAGGCAAUUGGUAAAUUCCCAAAGAGACCGUACCGAGCUUCGAAAUAAGGUUGAAGCACUGAAUGAAAAAGUUCGCCACUUGGAGAACGAGAGACGGGGUAUAGAGAAAUCAAGCAAAUUCUCGGGUCACGUGCAGUUCGAUCGGUCGGAAAAGAGUGCUGCGGAUCAUGGCGGCGAGUUGGAUACGAAUCGGUUGGAAUCGAGUGGCUUCGCUGGAUCUGGAGCGAUGAAGUUCACUUGUGGCCUCGAUCACACUCAGAUUGAACAGGAAAGUCGCGAAUUGCGAAUAAAGAUACGCCGCCUUGAAACCUUGCUGGCCGAGAAGGAGUCAGAGCUGGCAAGAGCUCGAGCAAAAAUGCUAGAAUCGCCGAGUAAGUCAUGUGGCAGUGGUUCCGGGGAUAUUGAACGCUACCGGAAUGCGCAGAUUCAGGCCGAACGAUUGCUUGACGCUAGGGAGCAAUCCCAUCGGCAGCAGAUGUUGCGUUUGGAGAAUCAAAUCUCAAUGCUGCGAGAGCAGCUUGCUCAGGAAGCCAAACGACGCCAGAUGUACAUCCUGAGAAGCUCACGAGCUGGCAGAGAAAUGCAGCAACUGCGACAAACCCUUGGGGACUCGCUGAGAAAUAUUGCCCAGGAACCGAUUGAUUCCACGCUGCUUGAAAGCGAAGCGAGAAGAUUGGAUAGUGCAGUAUCGAUGAGUUUACCACCAACGACAUCCACUCGUGAUUACGAUCGGAGCUUGAGUCCUACCUAUCGUUAAACUAACCAAAGAAAAACCAGCUCUUACAUAACAAAUGAUCACUGCCAGAAUUGAAAACAACAAUGCAUUUACGUACCGUGCAAUCAAGUGAGUAGUACUGAAACAUACAUACCCAAACAACAGUACAAAAAUCGAUUAACAAAAAAAAACGUUGAAGUCAGUCCGAAAUGGAACAACAAAAAAGGUAUCUGACAGCAUGUUGACCAUUUCCGUUCAUUUCUCGAGUCUGAGAGAAUAAAUCUUCAGGGAAGAAUACCAUAAACUUAAAGAAAAAAAACCUGACAUCGUCAUCAUCAGAGGCUCUUUUUGGUAGGUUUAUUAAAAUAACAUUAUCUGAUAGAUUCCAUAUUGCUGAAAUUUUGCUCCAUAAAAUUAUGAACUUAUUGCAAAACAUAUAAUACAACCCAGUUCAUGAUCAUCUCAUUUGCACGAAUACUGAACCAAAACACAUAACUGUUGAAAUCGAAAUUUUCAACUGUAUAACAGUGAAAUAGUGAAAUGGUGAAAUGAUCCCAUCAAAUUUUCAAACAUUGCAGUGCACAUCUUCUCAAUAAGCAGUUAUUUCGAGUGGGAUGCAGCAGUUGUAGAGCUUUAGAAGGAAACUAGAAGAGAUAGGAGUGUCUGAGGCGAAUGAACUGCAAAGUUUAAAGCCUCUUAAAAACAAAGAAGAAGAAGAAGAUAGGGGUGUAGAUCAGAACGAAUAAUAUAAAACGAAAAAGUUUUAAGCCUAUUGAUAUCUCAUGAAAGCAACUAAGAAACUGCCUUGACAAUUUUCGAAACAACAAUCAUAAAUACAUCUCAUGUAUUUUGUUAGCUUAGCUUCGUAAUAAUUUUAUCAAAUCAAUGUAGUUUUGGACGAAUAUUAUUUAACGCGUCUUGUUCUAUUUUCCAUCUAUUUAUAUUUUUGUGAAAGCGGGUUAAAUAAUAUAUUUUUUCAAUCAUAAAAGUUUUGAAAAAGCAUUCAGCCUAACCGAGGUAUCAAUUCCAUUAUAAAUAAUACUAGAGCACAAUCGAAACAUAUCCAAUCCUAUCAAUAUUUGAUAGUCACAAUAAUACAUCUAGUAAAAAUAUUCAUCUAUUUAGAAUGAAGUUCCUUUCGAAGAUUGAAUCCAGUAGAAUAUAAAGUUCAUGUAGGUUUAAAAAAAACGUAUCGAAUAA